AUGAGCGACACUUCUUCGAAAACGCCAGAACCGGUUGCCAAGCCGGCCACAGAAACCCCCGCCGAGGACACGGCGCCCCCACCUAUGCCCAAACGGCCGCUCAGUGCGUCCGAGCAGGCCGUCAAGGACCUGAAGGAGGCGUUCCCUGGCGUGGAGGACAAGUACGUCAAGAUGGCGUUGAUUGCGUCACAGGGCCAAUUGGACCCGGCCUUCACCGCGCUGCUGUUUCUGUCGGAUCCCACGUCGGACAUCACGAUUCCUGACGUGCAGACGAAGCCAAAACUGUCCGCCAGAAACUCGUUUGACCAGCGCAAACAGGUGGAGAGCGACGAGGCGUUGGCCCGCAGGCUCGCACGCAACUACGAGGGCCGUGCUGCUGGUGCCAAGACAGCCCCACCGAAACCAAAGCGCAAGCCCGUGUGGGCGGCAAUUGAGGACGACGGGUCGGAGAAAGAGGACGACUUCGUGGACUCGCUGGCCAAAAAUGUGGAGGAGGCCCGCAACACAGUGGGGGGGUGGCUCGGCAACAUUGCCAAGAAGAUCCAGACCGAGGUCAACACGGUGCAGCAGGGCCAGGGCGAGAACCAGCUGUUCAACGCACUGGGCAGAAAGUCCAGCGUCCAGUCCAGCAGAACGUCCAGAGACAGCACGUCUCCUCCUCCAGCAAGACCUGUGCGGCCGCAAAAGACAGAGUCUGUGGCUGAGGUCGAGCGCGACGUGGCUGGUAUCAAGCUAGAGGAUGCCACUACGGAGACAGAGCAGAAGAAGAACGCGCCGAUCUCGACGAUCGAUCCUGCUCCGGUCGCAGACGACACAUUCGCGGUCGACGACAGCGACGAGGAGGAGGAGAAAAAGGAAGAAGCCAAGAAGGAGUAG